CGGUGAGAUAUUAGAUCAUUAGUGUGAAGAUACAUCAGCAUUAAAACAGAGCCCAUUAUCUGGUACCAUUUGGACAAGACACCGUGGAAAGUAAGUCAGUUGUGAGGUGGAUCAUGGAAAUCAAAGAGGAAGGAACAUCAGAAGAAGGCCAGCAUUUUCUUCCUACAGCUCAGGCUAAUGAUCCUGAGGACAUUCAGUUCACAAGCAUCCAGAAGAUCCCCAAUAAGCCGCAGUUGGAAUUCAUCCUAGCGUGCAAGGAUCUCGUGGCUCCUGUCUGUGAUCGAAAACUGAAUACAGUAGUGCAGAUCUCAGUAAUCCACCCUGUGGAGCAGACCCUGACGAGGUACUCCAGCACAGAAAUUGUGGAGGGAACAAAAGACCCACUGUUCUUGACGGGUGUCACAUUCCCAUCUGAGUAUCCCAUCUAUGAAGAGACUAGAAUCAAACUGACAGUCUAUGAUGUCAAGGAUAAGUCCCACGACACGAUUCGAACCAGUGUCCUUCCGGAGCGCAAGGAUCCCCCGCCAGAAGUUGGGAGGAGCUUCCUGGGCUGGGCCAGUUUUAAAGUUGGGGAGCUGCUGAGGUCCAAGGAGCAACUGCUGUCGCUGAGCCUGAGAACUUCAGAUGGUGGCAAAGUGGUCGGCACCAUAGAAGUCAGCCUUGUGAAGAUGGGGGAGAUUGAGGAUGGGGACACCGACCACAUCACGACAGAUGUGCAGGGACAAAAGUGUGCACUAGCAUAUGAAUGUACAGCGCCAGAAAGUGUGAGCGGGAAGGACAACUUGCCUUUAUUAAAUGCAGUGUUAAAGAAUCCUGUGUGUAAAUUAUAUAGAUUUCCCACAUCUGACAAUAAGUGGAUGCGGAUCCGUGAGCAGAUGUCAGAGAGCAUUCUUUCUUUUCAUAUUCCUAAAGAACUGAUCUCUCUUCACAUAAAAGAAGACUUGUGUAGAAACCAGGAGUUAAAAGACCUUGGUGACCUGUCCCCACACUGGGACAACCUACGGAAAAAUGUCCUUACUCACUGUGAUCAAAUGGUGACUAUGUACCAAGAUAUCCUGACAGAACUCAGCAAGGAAACAGGGUCCUCCUUCAAAUCCAGCAGCAGCAAAGGAGAGAAAAGCUUAGAAUUUGUUCCCAUAAAUCUACACUUGCAGCGGAUGCAGGUGCACAGCCCCCACCUCAAAGAUUUGGGUUCAGGCGUCCCUAGAAUAGAUGCUCUCUAUGACGUCAUCACUGUGGGUGCCCCAGCUGCCCAUUUUCAGGGAUUCAAGAAUGGAGGUCUUCGAAAACUACUCCACAGAUUUGAGACAGAGAGAAGGAACACGGGCUACCAGUUCAUCUACUAUUCACCGGAAAACACAGCUAAGGCCAAGGAAGUCCUCAGCAACAUCAAUCAGCUGCAGCCUCUCAUAGCAACCCACGCCGACCUGCUGUUAAACUCUGCCAGCCAGCACUCCGCAGACAGCUUGAAGAGUUCUUUAAAGCUGCUCUCAGAAAAAACUGAGCUUUUUGUACAUGCCUUCAAGGACCAGCUGGUCAGGAGUGCUCUUUUAGCUCUCUACACGGCAAGGCCAGGAGGCAUCCUUAAGAAACCACCGUCUCCCAAGGACAGCACAGAGGAGACUUGUCCCCAGGAUGAGCCCCCUCAGCUGAGAAGGCAGGACUCCAUCCCACAUCAUUCUGACUAUGAUGAAGAAGAGUGGGAUAGGGUGUGGGCCAACGUGGGGAAGAGCCUGAACUGCAUUAUCGCUACAGUGGACAAACUGAUUGAGAGAGACAGUCACAAAGAGGAAGGUACCGGAGGCAGCAGGAGCAAUGACGGAGACACGGCUCCUUCCCUAGAGGAGUCCAUCGCAUCUCACCCAAAGGAGGACUGGUAUGGACAGCUACACCCUCUCAUCCUUACCCUGAAGGAGUGCAUGGGAGAAGUGGUGAGCCGAGCCAAGCAAUCCCUGACGUUUGUGCUGCUUCAGGAACUAGCCUACAGCCUGCCUCAGUGUCUCAUGCUGACUCUGAGAAGAGACAUCGUCUUCAGUCAGGCGCUUGCUGGAUUGGUGUGUGGCUUUAUCAUCAAAUUACAUACAAGUCUGCAUGAUCCUCACUUCCUACAGCAGCUGCACACGGUGGGCUUGCUGGUACAAUAUGAAGGACUGCUAAGUACCUAUAGUGAUGAAAUUGGAAUGCUGGAGGACAUGGCUGUCGGCAUUUCAGAUUUGAGGAAAGUUGCAUUUAAAAUAACCGAAGCCAAAUCGAGUGAUGACCUGCCCGUUCUCACAGGAAGGCGUGAACACUAUGUGGUGGAGGUCAAGCUUCCAGCGACAGUAUUUGAGUCGCUCCCUCUGCAGAUUAAAGAAGGGCAGUUGCUUCACGUGUAUCCAGUUCUGUUUAAUGUUGGGAUCAACGAGCAGCAGACCCUUGCUGAGAGGUUUGGAGAUGUUUCUUUGCAAGAAAGUAUUAACCAAGAAAAUUUUGAACUUGUUCAAGAAUAUUAUUCGAUAUUUAUGGAAAAGAUGCCUCCUGAUUAUAUUUCACAUUUUCAAGAACAAAAUGAUUUAAAAGGAUUGUUGGACAAUCUCCAUCAAAAUAUUCAAGCCAAAAAAAGAAAGAAUGUAGAAAUCAUGUGGCUGGCAGCAACAAUUUGUCGCAAACUCAACGGUAUUCGCUUUACCUGCUGUAAAAGUGCCAAAGACAGGACCUCGAUGUCAGUGACGCUGGAACAGUGCUCCAUCCUGAGAGAUGAGCAUCAGUUACACAAAGACUUUUUCAUCCGAGCCUUGGACUGUAUGAGAAGAGAAGGAUGCCGCAUAGAGAAUGUCCUGAAGAAUAUCAAAUGCAGAAGGUAUGCUUUCAACAUGCUCCAGCUGAUGGCUUUCCCCAAGUGCUACCGACCUCCAGAAGGCACUUACGGAAAAGCUGACACCUAACUGUACCAACAUGGAAACAAACAGGAACACAGACACACUGUGGAAGAUCUCCACCUCUGUCUUUUUUUGUUUUAUGUUGUUAUGAGUCUGUGGGAUGAGGCACGCGUGGGUGUUGCUCAUACCAAAACCAAUACUUCACUCUGAAAGUGACCCCGCACUGCUGUGUUCUGUCUAUCUGCUCUCCCUUGUGUUAACUCUCACUGGUUGAGGUUAGUUCAGAAAAUGCAAUUCUGUUUGAAGUGUAUUUAAAUAAACCAUGUCCUGAGGAAACAAGGUUGGUCCCAUGGUGCCAGAGGUAACUCAGAGAAUGUCACACUCCCUCUAAGCUGUAGAGAGGAGUUAGUAAAGGUACUGAGUUCACGUGACCAUAGUUCGGACUCUUGACUCCAGACAACCUCACAGCCUAGCUUAUUGGGCUUUAUAAAACAUGUAUAGUAAAUGCAAUUAAGUAAUGGUGACCCUCGCCCUUGAUUACUGACAUGGUUUGCAGAUAUGUUUGCACACAUCUUUGUUACCCAACUCAGAUGUGAUUCCACCUUCUAAGCCAUAUAUGAAAGUGUGAUUACAGCCAGGAGCUAUAACGCAAACUAUGGAUCUUUGAAGAACUUUAAUAUGGGUUGAGAAACCCACCUAGGGAUGGAGCAGCAUAGAACCUUUAUCUGUGUCCUGGGAAAACGUUUUAAGGAACUAAAAUUUCAAAGAAAUUUAAGAAUAGUGUCUGUUGGUGCCCAAAAUGAAAAUCCUCGGCAGCUUGAAUUUCCUUUGGAAGAAUUCACAGAAGUGAGAGACAUAUCUAUAAGGUGUUCCCUGGCAGUCCUCUUAGUGUGUGAGUUUUCAGUCUAUCAUAGGUCAACAUAUGUAAAGUGGAGAACCCUAUAACAUACAUGAGCCAUAAACAGUGAUACAUUUACACAGUAUUUUUCAGUUAAUCGAGAUUUCAAAUUUGUCCUUAUUGUAAAAUACCACCAUAUGUAAAAUCACUAACAUUCCAGAUUAGUGGUUUCCUUAGAGGCUGACCACAUUGUGUAAGGCCAUCAUUCAAAAAAGUGGGUAAAUUAAGGCAGGUCAUUUAGAUGACUGCAGAAGAGCAAUUACGACCACCCUUACCAUCUAACUUUUUUAAACUUCUUAAUCUGUGACUUCUGUCUUCUGCGGAUUGCUACACUAUGUAUGAAAAUACACAGAGGAGGAGAGUCAAAUAGAAAUAAGGUUUUAUCACUUGAACUGAUGCUUAGUAAAGUGAUAUGAAAAAACCCUGCAUUUUCCCCAUUUUCACCUGUGGGAAGUGCUGUCCAAAGCUACGUCUCCUCUGAGGACACUAGAGGUUUCCUCCACAGACACCUCUCGGUCGUCACUUCAUUCAAGGGGCUGUAUUUUAUGUCUUCACAGGUAACAUGAGAGCCCUUUGCCUAAGAUGCUUGCUGUAAAGGAGUUUUAGGUAGAUCUCUAGUCCCAUGUUGAGUUUUUCAAAAGUCUGAGAACAGCCGAUGACCCCCUGAGGCUUCUAUAUGCAAUUACUCAUUUCUUAUUUUAGCUAACGGCCUGUGGCUGUUGCCAAAGCAGUUGCCAAACUAUUUGUAGGCUUUAAAAUGGAAAAGUUGCAUCUAAUUAUGGAAAUAAUUAUCCUAGUGUUCUGAAAGCUAGUCUCCAUUUCAGUGAUUUAAUUUUAUCUGUUAAUUGUUUGAUUUUUAACUAGGUGGUAGGAUUUGUGGUUAUUCUCAUUACUAUAUUGAGUUUAAGAUAGAAAGAGUUGUGAUCACAGGGGUUUUGUGUCUAGCUCUGAGCUUUUCUUAGUGUCUUAAGUGGUGAUAUGCAUCCCAGGACAUCUUAUAUGAUGUUUUUAGCUCAUAAAUAUUUUGUAAACAAUAAUAGUUUAUAUAUUUAUAGAUUAACCAUCUUAACUCAAAUAUUCUAAAUAUUUAUUAACUGGAAAGCCAAUAAGGUUUUCCAGUUUUGUAUGACAUUUCAUAGGACAUUUUUUUCUUUGUCAACAUGAAACAUGAAAGGUAGACCUGUCUAUACUGUACAUGCAAACGAAUUCUUAGUCAUUGACAGCACUGUCAUCAUUUCCUAUGGGAACAGAGGAUGAGUAGAGGAUCUCACCAAGAAAAUCCUCAUUUCCUACACAUGAUCACUCUUCUCCAAAUGCACUCAGACAAGCACUUCAUGACUCAUCAUUACCAAGACCUUCAGAAUCAGAGUCGCCCUUGUACAAACACAGGUGCUCAUACAGUUCUAUCAGCCACUGUCAUGCUGUGCUAUCCACGUUUUCACUGAAAAGCUGUACCGUGGCCAUAUCUAGGGAGAGCAAAUUGAGGCAAAGAAUUUAUCAAGAAAAUGACAUUUCUAAACAAUGCGGUCUUCUUUCCCACAAAUAAGAUUUUCUCCUAAUCUCAUCAAAUUCAAGUAUCAAUUCUGGAUUAACUAUUUACAGAGCCCUAGCAGAAACAUAUUAAAAGUACAAAAAGACAAAGCCAUAAUUAUUUCCCGAAGGUCCAGAGUGUGCACGUGUGCUCUGGACAGUUAAAUAUAUACUUGAAAUAUCUGAUUGAAACAGGGCCAUAUUUGGGUACACCAGCCCACUGAAUUCUCACUUCUGCUUUUUUUCCUCAAUAUUGCCUUGAGUUUACCCACACACUACUUAAAACAUCUUCUAGUUGCUAACAUUUUGGUCAGUCUGGCAAUGCAUCAGAGUCCUGGUAACUACAUGAUGCAGCUGAUGAAUUAUAUAAAAUUAGGCCACGCCUCAGUCAGGGCCAUGCUCCCUAUGGCCACUAGCCACUCAUAAUACUAAAGCUGACAAACCGUGAAGCCUUGAAAGCUGACAUUGACUGGAUGAUACACCCACCCUUUUGGUAGUUUUCAUAAAGUAGAACUCAGAAUGGUAAAGGGGAAAAAUGAGUUAUUUAUCCAAUCAAAUCAAAUCCCUCCUUCUGUAAAGAUUCUGUGCCAAGAGACAUUCUCUCGGGUGUCAAAACUGGUGCUAGUUGACUCAUGGGAAGUGAUGGAGCUUUCAGGAAUUGUCCAAGCUGGUUGCUGUACAGUGUCUGGCUAACCAUAAGAUAUGAACUGAGUUUAUUAAAAGUAAAGAUGACUGUCAAAGCUUAUAACUUCCUGGCUCUUCUAAAACCAGAUUUUUUUCUUUUUAUUUAUUCUUUUUUAUUUAAGUAUUUUUCAUUUUGCAUACCAACCACUGUUCCCCUUCUCCCUUCCCUUCUCUCGUCCCCCUCACA